CUCUAUAUCCUGAUAGAACUGUGAAAGUGACUCAUACUCGCAUUUUAAUCACAGAAUAAAGUAACCGUGUCAGUGCUCAUGCUCAGCAUUCUCCUGAUGACCAGCCUACCCUGGUGCGGCCUCCAGUGCAGACAGAGUAAAGUGGAGAGAGGAAGAUGCCAGCCCCACCUCCCCCCACCACCCCCAGGGCCUCCCCCUCCUCCCACCCUUGCUCUUGCCAAUACAGAGAAGCCAAAUCUAAACCGUUCACAGCAGCAAGGAAGGUCCGCCCUGUUGACUGACAUUUCUAAAGGAGCCAGAUUAAAGAAAACCGUUACCAAUGACCGCAGUGGACCCUUACUGGAUAAACCCAAAGGAGGGGGAGGAGGAGGAGGAGGAGGAGGAGGAGGAGGAGGUGGUGGUGGUGGUGGUGGUGGAGGAGGAGGAGGAGGUGGAGGUGGUGGGGCUCCUGCCGGUUUAGGAGGCCUGUUUGCAGGAGGGAUGCCAAAACUGAGGUCUGCAGGAAACAAGUCCAAUGACUCAGGACCCAGCCGAGGACCCAUGCUCCCCCCAGGAGGCCGCUCUUCUGCGCCCAGCCCUUUCGGUGGUGGUGGAGGCCCGCCUAAACUCCCAGGAGCCCCUGGUGGUGUCCGGGGAAACACCCCUGAUCUUCCCAAGGGCCGGCCCAGUCUCUCAUCCAGACCAGACACUCCAGGAGGCCCUCCUCCUCCUGUACCAAACACACCUCGACCAACCCAGAGCUUCCAGUCUCGUGGGGGCCCACCUCCACCGUCAUUCUCUGGAGGACCCAGGCCCAGCCCGCCUUCAGGACCUACACCUCCUAGUGUUCCACCAGGGAGGCAUGGACCUCUCCCUCCCCCACCAGGAGGCUCCUCAGCUGGGCCAAGACCAGGAUUCUCUGCACCUCCUCAUCCACCCCCAAGCAACAGCCGACCUUCCCUUCCGCCCACUCCCGGAGGUAGGCCUCCACUUCCUGAUGACCGACCCCCACCACCACCAGCUCCUAUGGGAGGUCAUCGGCCAUCUAUGCCCCGCGAUAUGCCCCCUCCUCCUCCUUCUGUCAACUCCAAACCUUCCGCUGUCCCUUCCUCUACCUCUCGGCCCUCACCUGGUGGAGGUGCGCCCCCUCUCCCGCCAGGUCGACCGGGCCCUCCUCCUGUCCCACCCACCCCAGCUGGAGGGGACGAUCACAGCACCCCUCGUCUUCCCCAAAGGAACAGCUCCCUCAACAGCCAUGGUCCAGCUCCACCACAUAGUCGGGCAGGACCUCUCCCUCCUCCACCAAACGAGCGACCGCCAUCUCUGGGAAAGAACCAAUCCUCUCCACGCUCAGGCCCUCUUCCUCCCCCUCCUCCCUCAGGACGUAGCAUGGGUGGGGGCAGUGUGAGGUCAUCGCCAGCUCCCUCUCCUAUUGGUCGGCCAGAGCCCCCUCGCGGUGGACCUGGCGGUAGACCUCCCCUCCCUCCAGACAGACCGGGGAUGGGAGGGCCCCUUCCUCCACCACCACCUAUGGGUAACGGCUUCCAAAACUCUCACCACAACCAGAUACAGGAUGAAUGGGAGUGUCGAUUCAAUUUCCAUCCAUUAUCUGACCUGCCUCCACCAGAGCCCUACGUGCCCUCCCAGAAGACCUACCCCAGCAAGCUUGGCAAGACUGAUGGCAAAGGUUCGGGUAAAAAGGAGAGAGGAGCUCCUCCUCUUCCUCCAGUACCUAGGUGAAGAAGAGGUGGCAGCAAAUUACCUUCUCUCUCUCUUCUCUCUCUCUCUCUCUCUCUCUCUCUCUCUCUCUCUCUCUCUCUCUCUCUCUCUCUCUCUCUCUCUCCCUCUGUUGUGCUCAUUGUGCUUUUACCUAUGGCACGUGGUUCAUCGAUGGACUACAACAUGUAAAAUGGACCUGAAAUGUGGUUGACCAAGUAAAAGGACGGAAGAAUGCCACAGAAUGGCGGCAUUCAAAGACCAAAGCCUGUUUCUACUCUGGUACACUGUGAUCAGAUAAAAAGAAAAGAACUUGCUUCUCUUUUGGCACUAUGUGUUAUUUUCAGGUUUACAACCGUGCUGUAGCUGGAAGGUGCUUUUUGGGUGGCCUUUGUGGACCUGGUUGCUUGGAGUAUUUUCAUGAACUUUUCCACACUGAUGUUAUUCCAUUAACUAACCCUUUCAUCCUUUAAUUACAGUGGUUGAUAGAUAGAAAUUGCUUGCUAGUUAUUAUAUUUUACCAACCAGCUACACUUUUAGGAACGAGUACUUGACAAAUAAACCAGCAUUUGGCAGGUAGCACAUGAGACUUUCCCUGCAUGUUUACACAGCAGAGACGGCAUUAGGUAAAGCUAAAUGAUCAUCUGAUGGCAAUAUUAUUGUCAACAUCGGAGUCCCAGGGUUACAGUGCUGGGCUUAUAAUGCAACCAAUCCGCUUCCUCAAGUGUGCUGACAAGCUGUUUCUCUCUUUGUGCACCAGUGUUUCCUUUGUGCCUUUUUCUCUUCAGGAUUGAAAUGUUCAGGCUGCUUAAAGAAUUAAGGGAAUUAGCCUUUUGUGCCUUAAAUUAUGUAUGUUUGUUGAGCUGGAUUGGAUCACCUAUGCUGAUGUGAAUGUCAAAAAACCCCCCAAAAAACAAGCAAUACAGCAGCUUGAUUGCCACAAUAUCUAGUUAAUAUCUUAAUAUAGUGAAGUGUCUUAAUGACAACAUCAGCACAUAGUUAGACAUGGAACCAAAACUAAAAAUGGCCACAACCUCCUGCUACUGCUGCAUAAAACAUCAGGGGAAACGCGGGUGUUUAAGUUGCCAAAGCCACAUGUGCCUUCACAUUAUGUAUAUUUACUGCACAUCUGUGUUUCCAUUGGAACCACUGAACGGUACUUUUCAUUGGUUAAAUGUGAUUCAAGCAUGCAUUUAAUGUUUGUGAUUGAGAUGUUUUAAUGGACAUUGUAUGGUGUUACAGCAGCAUUGGUUUACAAUAGAACUGAUUCUUAUUUUGCUGUUUUGUUAAAAGCUGCAUUGACUUACUAUGAAGGACCUGUGUAUGUAUCUGUAUGAUUUAAUCAAGCGGUAUUGAAGGACUGUAUUAUUUUAAGUUAUGUGUCUGAAUUGUGCAGUAUUAAGUUUUUUUUGCUUCACCCAGCACUGCUUUUGAAUGGUCUUUUGUAUACAAUGUAUUAUUAUCAUGUGUUGGUCAAAGAAACAUUUUCUAAAAGACAAUCAUAUGGAAGUAUUCAUUAAUAAAUAAAAUGCUUUAAGAUGCUUGAUGUACUCUACAUGAGGUGAUAUGUGGUUUCAUUUGACUAUACAUUUGAAAUAAUUGGAUAUUCUUGCACAAGGAUGAUAAUUUGAUCAAAGACAAGGACGGUAAAUUGUAAUGUCAGCAUCCAUAUGAAUGAUGAUCCAUAUGAUUUACUAUGUAUGAUAAACAAUAUGCAUCAUUUACAUGUUUGUGCAAUAAAGCUGGACAACACA